AUGGAGUACAUCCAGAACGCGUGGGACGUCCUCCGCUUCCUCACGUACUACGGGGCCGGCAUCAGCGAACAGCUGUGGAGCGUUUUCCCGAUGCUUUACCGCACCUGGGACAAGUGGGCCUUCGAUCUCAUCUCCAACAUGGCCGUGCCGAUAGACAACUACAUCAGCCGUGGCACAGACGUCUUCAUUGCCGGGAGAAGUGCCGAGGGCAACAGUUCCCUGUCGGAACCUCUCCCCCUGUUCAACAAACUCCCAGCGCUGACAUCAAGAGAGGGGCUGGCACACAGGAAAACAUGGUAA